AUGCCAUUCGUUGAGCAGCCACUACAAGGUGCAGGCAUCCGCAUCGCAAUCGAUCGUGGUGGUACCUUCACGGAUUGUCUGGGCAUUGUUCCAGGAAAACCGGAUAUACUGGUCAAGCUUCUGAGCAAUGACCCGACAAACUAUUCUGACGCGCCUACCGAGGGUAUCCGCAGGAUACUCGAACAGGCCACAGGCGUAUCGAUACCACGCGGCGAGAAAAUCGACACGAGUAAUAUCGAGUCGAUCAAGAUGGGAACGACAGUGGCUACAAAUGCCUUGUUAGAACGGAACUCCACGAAGUGCGCGUUAGUCGUUACUAAAGGCUUCAGAGAUCUGCUUCGCAUAGGUGAUCAGACGAGACCGAAAUUGUUCGAUCUCAACAUCAGGAGGCCGGAGACCCUUUUCGAUGAUGUGCUGGAGAUCGAUGAACGCGUUACACUUCACGAUUCGACUGAGGACAAUUCGACGCUACGAGACUCGAAGCGUAGCUCUUAUGAGCUGGAACAGGGUGUUGGCGGCGAAGCCAUUCGCGUCCUGCGGCCAGUUGAUAGCACACAUGCUCGCGAAGGCCUGCAGAGAUUGUUCGAUAAAGGCGUGAGGUCCUUGGCCAUAACUCUUAUCAACAGCUACACGUUCCCAAACCACGAGCUUCAAGUCGCCGACAUUGCCAAGGAUAUUGGCUUCGACCAGAUAUCAGUUUCAUCGCAAAUCUUCCCGAUGAUCAGAGCGAUCUCGAGAGGCUACUCAGCCACAGCAGACGCCUACCUUACACCUUUGACGCGCAACUACAUUGAUGGCUUUCGCAAAGGCUUUGUAGGUGGCCUGGAAGACUCUCGGGGUGCUCGUUGUGAGUUCAUGCAAAGUGAUGGCGGACUAGUGGGAUGGCAACACUUCAGCGGUCUCAAAGCCAUCCUUUCCGGCCCAGCUGGGGGCGUUGUCGGCUUCAGCAAGACGUGUUUUGACACCGAGCGGAGGAAGCCGGUGAUAGGGUUUGACAUGGGCGGAACUAGCACUGACGUUUCACGGUAUGCGGGCACGUUGGAGCACACGUUUGAGUCGAUCACAGCUGGUGUGACGAUCCAGUCCCCGCAAUUAGAGAUCGAUACUGUAGCUGCUGGCGGCGGAAGUAUCCUUUCCUAUCGAAAUGGCCUCUUUCUGGCGGGUCCCGAAUCAGCAAGCGCACAUCCUGGACCAGCGGCAUAUCACAAAGGUGGACCUUUGACGGUUACGGAUGCCAAUCUUGUGUUGGGACGUCUACAAGCCGAGUACUUUCCAAAAAUAUUUGGCAAGCAUGAGAACGAGCCUCUGGAUUAUGCAGGCGCAAAGCGAGGCUUCGAGGAGCUACUCGUUACAGUCAAUGCCGAUCUAUCUCAGACUAGCGGGAGAACGAAGACUGUUGAGGAGCUUGCUCUUGGCUUCUUGGAAGUUGCCAACGAGACGAUGUGCCGACCUAUUCGUUCGCUCACUGAAGCCAAGGGACACCGAACGUCUGAUCAUGAUCUUGGGGUCUUCGGUGGCGCGGGUGGCCAAGCUGCCUGUGCCAUCGCGGCCAACCUAGGAAUCGACCGCAUCUUGGUUCAUCGUUAUUCUUCCAUCUUAUCGGCGUAUGGUAUGGCAUUGGCUGAUGUCGUUCGCGAUGUUCAAGAACCAUGCUCAGUGUUACUCCAGUCCUCUCUCGAUGAACUUGAUGAAAGACUGUCGUCACUGGAGAAGAGAGCGGCGGAUCAAUUGGCAGACGAUGGAUUUUCUGGCCAAACCAUCGGCUUCGAGCACUUUCUGAAUCUGCGCUACGAAGGCUCGGAUACCACGUUCAUGGUCUCCCGCCCCGACAAGGGCACGUGGGACGAAGCGUUCGUCGCCGAGCACAAACGCCAAUUCUCAUUCAUCAUGCCAGGACGCGACGUCCUUGUUGAGAAUGUACGAGUUCGAGCAACGGCUCGGAGCCCAUCGGUCGAGCCUGAGUUCAUUCUCGAUGAACAGCUUGCUGGAUGCCCACUGUCCCCUGUGUCGGCUAAGAAGAUUUCAGACAACGUCCCAAUCUUCUUCGAGGAUGGUUGGACCACGUCUCGUUUGUACCACCUGACAAAGCUGGCCAGGGGCGACGUCAUAGACGGACCUGCUAUCAUCCUGGACAGCACACAAACUAUCGUUGUCGCACCACGCUCCCAGGCAACUAUCCUAGAGCGCCACGUGAUGAUUGAGCUUGACCGUACGACUUCACUAUCCAGCACUGAAGUAGUUGCACCUCGAACUGUUGAUCCCGUCGAACUUUCCGUAAUGGCUCAUCGAUUCAUGAGCAUAGCUGAACAGAUGGGCCUCGCGCUGCAAAAAACAAGCGUGUCAGUCAACAUCAAGGAACGCCUUGACUUCAGCUGCGCACUAUUCAGUCCCGAGGGCCGCCUUGUAGCUAAUGCUCCUCACGUGCCAGUCCAUCUUGGCUCGAUGGAACAGGCAGUCAUGUACCAGCACAAGAAGUACUUUGGCCACCUCCGACCAGGCGACGUCAUUGUCGCAAACCACCCGAUCUCCGGCGGUACGCAUCUUCCUGAUAUAACUUGCGUAACACCCGUCUUCGACGAUGCAGGCAAGACCAUCAUCUUCUACACAGCUUCAAGAGGCCACCAUCAAGAAAUUGGUGGAAUACUACCAGGUUCCAUGCCUGCUGGCAGUGUCGAGCUACACGAGGAAGGCGCUAUGAUCGUCUCAGAGUAUCUUGUUCGUGAUGGAGUCUUCGAUGAAGAACUAGUCACGAGAGUGUUGCUUCACGACCCAGCUCGAUACCCCGGAUGCUCAGGAACACGCAAGCUCGCCGAUAACAUCAACGAUCUCAAAGCGCAGGUUUCAGCAAACGCCAAGGGCGCCGCAUUGGUAGCCGACCUUAUCGCGGAACGAGGUCUCGCCACUGUGCACCUCAACAUGCAUGGAAUCACCGCAAACGCCGAGUCCUGCGUGCGAGACUUCAUGAAGCGUACCUACCGCGAAACUGGAUGCAAAUCCCUCGUAGCACUCGACUACAUGGAUGACGGUACACCGAUACGACUCGCCAUAACUAUCAAUCCAGACGACGGCUCAGCACAUUUCGACUUCACCGGAACAGGCGAAGAAGGCUAUCACAGUUUCAACGCCCCACAAGCAAUCGCGCGGUCUGCAACACUCUACGUUCUCCGCUGCCUCAUCAACCAAGACAUUCCUCUCAACGAAGGCUGCCUCCGUCCUCUCACGUUCACAAUACCCGAAGGAAGUAUCCUGAACCCCUCGCCAUACGCUGCAGUAUGUGCCGGAAACCCUAUAACGUCCCAACGCGUAACCGACGUCGUGAUCCGCGCCUUCGAAGCAUGUGCCGCGAGUCAAGGUGACUGCAACGUCUUUUCCUUUGGCAUAAACGGCGAUCACGACGACGCCGGUGUACCUAUCUCAGACUCUGGGUUUGGCUUCGGAGAAACCAUAUGUGGAGGUAGUGGUGCGGGACCUGGUUGGCACGGGACGUCUGGCGUUCACAUUCAUAUGACGAACACACGUAUUACGGACCCGGAAUUACUGGAGAAGAGAUAUCCUGUGCUGCUCCGUGAGUUUAGUAUCCGCGAUGGGUCGGGUGGCAAGGGGCGCUGGAAUGGUGGGAAUGGGAUUCGGAGGGUGUAUGAGUUUUAUCGCGACAUGAAUGCGAGUAUCGUUAGUGAAAGGCGGGUAACCAGGCCUUAUGGUAUGUUGGGCGGUGAGGACGGGAGUAGUGGGGUAAACUAUAUUGUGAAGAAAGUUGGUGGAAGGUGGUGUAGAUUGGGUGGACGGAAGGAUUUUGCAGUGCAAAAGGGGGAUUGUUUCGUUAUUGACACGCCCGGUGGAGGCGGAUGGGGAACAAAGGAUGAGACGGAGAUAGAGACGGAUGGUGUAGAAAGCACGAAAAGGUCGGCGCUGGAACGGAGGUUUGUUAGUCAGUUCCAGCUGGCACAGGAAGCCAGUAAUUAG